AUGAUUACAGUUGAAGUUUCUCCAAAUGAAGAGACAAGGGUCAACUCCAGUGCAUCUCCUAGUGCCUCCACUGCAACACAAAAUGUAUCAAAUUCAUCAUCUUCAACAUCACUAAAUAGCAGCUCUUCUCUUGAAGAAUUUUCAGAUAAGACACCUCCUAAGAAGUAUAAAUAUUUAGCUGACAUAUAUGCAUUAGGGCAAUUUGCUCUUACUGUUUCAGUUCCUAUAAGUUAUGAAGAAGAAGGUGGAAAAGAAGAGCAGAAGAAAGCCAUGGUAGAAGAGAUGCAGUCCAUUGAAAAAAAUGGAACAUGGGAUAUGGUUGACUUGUCAAACAAAAAGUUCUAUGGAGAUUUACAUGGGACAUGCAGCCCAUUGCGGUGGCCUGUUUAUCAGUUUGAUGGAGCUUUACAAGAAGAGGUUUAUGUAACACCGCCAGAGGGAUUCAUAAAGGAAGACAAAGAAACAAAG